UUACCAUCUAUAAUAUGCGUCACUUUUAGAAACGCCGCGAAGUUUUUUUUGCACAAGAAUCUCUCCCCGCUUACACCAAAUUACAAAGAACCUAAAUAUGUCGGGAACCUCUCAAAAGUACAGGAAUUUCGUGGCUGAGCCCAUGGGCGACAAGGCGGUGACCGAGUUGGCUGGCAUCGGUGACACGCUGGGUGGAAGGCUAAUUGAAGCUGGUUUUGAUAAGGCAUAUACCGUUCUGGGCCAGUAUCUGGUCCUUAAGAAGGACGAGGAGCUCUUCAAGGACUGGAUGAAGGAGGUCUGUCACGCCAGCUCCAAACAAGCGUCGGAUUGCUACAACUGCCUGAACGAUUGGUGCGAGGAGUUCUUGUAAGCGGCGCUAUACACCUGGAGCAGAGUCAAUCUGUGCAUCUGAAAAAAAAUCCUAAGCCGAAGCUAAUCAAAGCAUUUAUUUAUAAGGCUUUCGUUUACGUUCUUUGUUAGAUUUUAAGGUGUAAUAAAUGUACAGUUGCCAGAUAGAUCCUGCAGGUGGUACAGUUCCGUUUGGCUGCUAAUGUAAUUUAUAAAUUCCAAAUUUUUUAACCUGUACAAUAAAAAAUAAUAGCAUA